GCGGCGCGGCGGAGCGGCCGCGGUGGUAGAGGGCGAGCCCGCCCGGCCGGGGCGCGGAGCAGCGCGGAGCGGCCGCCAUGGGCAACGCGGGGAGCGUGGACGCGCAGCAGACGGAGCUGAGGGCGCACAGCGUCCCCCUGAAGCUGCCCAUGCCCGAGCCCGGAGAGCUGGAGGAGCGCUUCGCCGUGGUGCUGAAUGCCAUGAACCUGCCUCCCGACAAAGCCCGGCUCCUGCGGCAGUAUGACAACGAGAAGAAGUGGGAGCUCAUCUGUGACCAGGAAAGAUUCCAAGUGAAGAAUCCUCCACACACGUACAUCCAGAAGCUGAAGGGGUAUCUGGACCCAGCAGUGACCAGGAAGAAAUUCAGGAGACGAGUCCAGGAGUCGACCCAGGUGCUCCGAGAACUGGAAAUUUCCUUGAGGACAAACCACAUUGGAUGGGUCAGGGAGUUCCUGAAUGAGGAGAACAAAGGCCUGGAUGUCCUGGUGGAAUACCUGUCCUUUGCCCAGUAUGCAGUCACAUUUGACUUUGAGAGCCUGGAGAACAGCGUGGAGAGCUCCAUGGACAAGUCCAAGCCCUGGAGCCGAUCCAUCGAGGACCUGCACAGGGGCAGCAAUCUGCCCUCUCCCGUUGGGAACAGCAUCUCCCGCUCCGGCCGGCACUCCACUCUCCGGUACAACACGUUGCCGAGCAGGAGAACAAAUUACAAGGAGGGUGGGAGAAGGCAAUCCUGCUGUUUUCAGUCUGUGGGAGAGGUGGGAUCAGGGUUUGGGGUGGGAUUGGGGUUGGGAUCGAGGUGGGAUUGUCCCUUCUCUUCCCAGUAUGGAUUCAACAUGGUCAUGUCCCACCCGCACGCCGUCAACGAGAUCGCACUCAGCCUCAACAACAAAAACCCCAGGACCAAGGCCCUGGUGCUGGAGCUCCUGGCAGCCGUUUGCCUCGUCCGAGGGGGCCACGAGAUCAUUUUGUCUGCAUUUGAUAACUUCAAGGAGGUGUGUGGGGAGAAGCAGCGCUUUGAGAAGCUCAUGGAACAUUUCAGGAAUGAAGACAACAACAUUGACUUCAUGGUGGCCUGCAUGCAGUUCAUCAACAUCGUGGUGCACUCCGUGGAGGACAUGAAUUUCCGAGUGCACCUCCAGUACGAGUUCACCAAGCUGGGCCUGGAUGAGUACCUGGAUAAGCUGAAGCACACGGAGAGUGACAAGCUGCAGGUGCAGAUCCAGGCCUACCUGGACAACGUCUUUGACGUGGGGGCUCUGCUGGAGGACGCUGAGACCAAGAACGCAGCCCUGGAGAGGGUGGAGGAGCUGGAGGAGAACCUGUCCCACUUAUCUGAAAAACUCCAGGACACGGAGAACGAAGCCAUGGCCAAGAUUGUGGAACUGGAAAAGCAGCUCAUGCAAAGGAACAAAGAACUGGACGUGAUCCGGGAGAUCUACAAGGAUGCAAACAGCCAGGUUCACACCCUGAGGAAGAUGGUGAAGGAGAAGGAGGAAGCCAUCCAGCGCCAAUCCACGCUGGAGAAGAAGAUCCACGAGCUGGAGAAGCAGGGAACCAUCAAGAUCCAGAAGAAAGGGGAUGGGGACAUCUCCAUCCUUCCCGUGGCCCUGGGCUCCGGGGCGGUGCCGGCGGGAGCCGAGGCGGUGCCGGGGGCCUGUGCCACGCCUGGAGCGGCCACCUCGGUGCCACUGCCGCCACCUCCCCCACCCCUGCCCGCCCUGCCGGGCUCCCCCGAGGCAGUGCCCAACGGCCCCGUGGCAGUGCCUGUGCCACCUCCUCCACCUCCUCCACCUCCUCCUCCUCCUCCUCCUCCUCCUCCUCCUCCUCUGCCGGGCCCGGCUCUGGACGCGGCUCCGGACGCGGCUCCGGCGGUUCCACUGCCCCCUCCACCGCCGCCCUCGGCUCCCCCCCUGCCCGGCACAGCCUCGCCCACCGUGGUCUUCAACUCCGGCCUGGCAGAUGGGCCCAUCAAGCUCUUCUCUGUGAAGAUCAAGAAGCCCAUCAAGACCAAGUUCCGCAUGCCCGUCUUCAACUGGGUGGCCCUGAAGCCCAACCAGAUCAACGGCACCGUCUUCAACGAGAUCGACGACGAGCGCAUCCUGGAGGACCUGAACGUGGAUGAAUUUGAGGAAAUAUUCAAAACAAAAGCCCAGGGCCCAGCCAUGGAUCUGACUUCCAGCAAGCAGAAGAUCCCUCAGAAAGGAUCCAACAAAGUCACGCUGCUGGAUGCCAACAGAGCCAAGAAUUUGGCCAUCACCCUUCGGAAAGCUGGGAAAACGGCGGAUGAGAUCUGCAAAGCCAUCCACGUUGAGCAAAAUCUGGGAAGAGGCAGCUCUUUUGUGUCCCUGGAGAAUGUCCUGCUGGAUGUGAAGGAGCUGCAGCGGGGUCUGGAGCUGACCAAGCGCGAGUACACCAUGCAUGACCACAACACCAUGCUCAAGGACUUCAUCCAGAGCAACGAGGGCAAGCUCAAGAAGCUCCAGGACGAUGCCAAAAUAGCCCAGGAUGCCUUUGAUGAUGCUGUGAAGUAUUUCGGGGAGAAUCCCAAGACAACCCCACCCUCCGUCUUCUUCCCGGUGUUUGUCCGCUUUGUGAAGGCCUACAAGCAAGCAGAGGAAGAAAACGAGCUGAGGAAAAAGCAGGAGCAGGCCUUAAUGGAAAAACUCAUGGAGCAGGAAGCAUUGAUGGAACAACAGGACCAAAAGUCCCCUUCCCACAAGAGCAAGCGGCAGCAGCAGGAGCUGAUCGCGGAGCUGCGGCGCCGGCAGGUCAAGGACAACCGGCACGUGUACGAGGGCAAGGAUGGCGCCAUCGAGGACAUCAUCACAGAUCUCCGGAACCAGCCGUACCGCCGGGCCGACGCGCUGAGGAGGAGCGUGCGCCGCCGCUUCGACGAGCACGGCCUGCGCUCCAACGGCGCCGAGCUGGCCAUGUGAGCACCACGAGCUCCGCAUGCCGCCUUUUCCAGGGAAAAACGGACCUUCGGAGGGCUCCCGGCCCCGCGCCGGCAUCUCCACGCCAAGUGCCUGAAAUGGAAGUUCCCGCUCCCGUGGAUCCCGGCAAUAGGAUUGGGGUUGGUUGGGGGCGCCAAGGCUCUGCAGGGUUUGGAACCAAAAUGUAAAAUAUGGGUUGGUUCAGGGGGUUGGGUUGGUGAGAGCUCCCGUGGGCCUGGUUGGAAACUGGGAAUACUGGGAAUACUGGGAUGUGCUCGGCUUGUAAUGCCGGGCCGAGGGGCGGGCCCGGCCUCCAGCUGCACUUAACGGCUCUUUCUUAAUUCAAACUACAAACAAAGACAUUAAAGGGCUUUCUGGACGUGGAAUUAAAAUAAUCCCAAGGAGCUCCCAGCCCUUUUCCCAGCCCCUGCAGCCUCCCAGUGGAACGUGGGAUCCCAAUCCCAGGGAUAGGAACGGAACAGGAGCUUCCCCCAGUUUGGGACGUUCCAGGGCUCGGGCUGGGGGGGGGCAGGGAAGGCAGCCUUGGGAUAACAGCGUAUUUAUUAAUUAGCACUAAGCAAUUAACACCCAGUAAUCAGUAUUAGGCUCUGAGGACCACUGCAGCCCAGUUCCUGGCAGGGGCAUUCCAGCCUGCUCCAGCUCCGAGCCAUUCCUGCUCCGAUUCCCUGCUCAGGCUCCUCUGGAAGGGAAGCCCAGCCUAAAACUCCCGCCAGGUUUUAGGUUCAGUUUUAGGUUUGGUUUUAGGUUCUCCGUGGCAUUUUCCAACCUAAAAAGGGACGGGAGGCUGACUUAGGAGCGUGGAGCAGCGGGAUGGAUCCCACUCCAGCAGAAUCCAGGAGCUGGGAAGGGCUGGAUCGAGGAGAAAUUCAUCCUUCCCAAAUCCCAUUUCGCUUCCCUGCCUGGGCUCAUCCAUCUGUUAAUUGUAAAAUUUCUUGUAUAGUAUUUAACCACUGAAUUUCUCUGCCCUUUCCCAUUGUGCUCCCACUGGUGAAGGUCCCUGUUGGAUUAUUUUUUUUCCUUGGAUAACGUGUAGUUAUAUGAUAAUCUGUUUUUAAAUGUACAGAUAUUUUGCUACAAAAUCGGUGCAGUUUUUUAUGGUUUUUACACUUCCCCCUCCCCCUCCCACUUCAGCCUCUGGGUAAUAUUGUAAAUAUUGUUUAAAAAGGAAAUAAAUGCAUCAAGCCUGUGCUAUACAAUCUGAAUGUUAUUUUAACUUAUAGUUUUUGUUUUUAUAUUUAACUAAAAGGACAGUUUGGGACUCGGAGUUACCACAUUGACCAAUUCCCAGGAAUUUUUUUUUUCCUUGAAAAACUGCCAAGUUCUGCAUUUCCAGCACUGUGUACUUGACCUGCUAAAGAGAACAUGCCACUGUUGCAAGGUUUACAUCAAAGAAAACUGGAUCAUUUGGAUUUCAAAUUUCAGCAGGUGUCGGGGUAUAAACACUAAAUCUCAUUUUCUUCAGCUCAAAGGUAUUUUUUUAAUAAAAGCCCAAAAUGAAAGCCAAGCUGGCAUGUUCUCUUUAAUAUUUUUCUAGUCAUAGAUCUGCUUCUUAGCAAGAUUAGAAGUGUUUUCUAAAGCGGUUCACGUUCCUUUCCUGGUCUGUUCCUGCCAUAAAAUCAAAUAAACUAUUUACACUACUACACUGAAA